AUGACUGAUGGCUACUUUGCUGUAACAGGACAUUGGAUUGAAGAAGUUGCCGAGCAGGAGUGGAAAUUGCAGAGUGCCUUGCUUGGGUUUGUAUGCCUGAACAACUCACAUAAUGGUCUUCGACUUGGACAGGCACUGUAUAAAGUUGUUGCUCGAUAUGGCAUUCAGCACAAGAUAUGGCACAUUCCUCUUCCAAAUGAAAGGAGAAAUUUUGUGAGAUUCAGCAUCAAGAUGGAUAAGGUCAAUAUGUUUGUCUAUGACAUUGGAAUAAUGGAGAAAGACCUUCAGAAGCUUUCCCCUGAGGAAUGGGCACAUGUUGAACUGAUGCUUAAGAUUCUGGCUGCACCAAAUAAGAUGCAGCAGGCAUUCUCCUCCGAUCACUCACCUUCACUCCAUCAGGUUCUUCCUGCACUUGAGGCAUUGCACAAGUCAUGGACUUGGUGCUUGGCUAUUGUUAAGUAUAGUGACUUCUGGCCUGCACUUGAAGCUGGUUUAGAGAAAGUAGCGGAGUAUAAUGACCAAACAGGAGAAUCAGAUGCCUAUGUUAUGGCAAUGUAUCAUUUGCAGUACUCAAUCCAUCUGGUAAAACGAGUCAUAUUCGCAAGUACUGGGGUCCGGAGCUUCUUUAAAGUGUUCUCAAAUUGGCCAAGAAGAUUAUUUGACUUGGUAUCAUCGGUGAAGUAUCAUGAACGUUACAUUGAAAUGUACAGUGAUGUUGGAUCUUCUAGUGCAGCGGCGUCAUCUCUCCGGAAGAAGAAAAGACUUGGUGAGACACGUGUGGAUGUAGAUGAUGUUGCUGGUCUUCUCUCUGAUGAGGAGGAAGAAGAGAAUUACAGGCCAUCUAUGGUCACUGCUGAUUCCUGGCUGCAAGACUUUGAUGGCUAUUUAAACUCGACUGAUGUACUUGCACAAUGGCGAUCGCUAUCCCAUCUGGGCCUCACUUGCUGCUGA